AUGUCGUCGCAGGUCAUAUAUUCUUGGAUAACAUUUCUUAAAGAGAUGGCCGAUGAAAUGGACCCGUGCGAGUGCCUGUGGAAUCAUGAAUUGGCGAUGCGGCGGCUUAUUUCACUGCUGCGUCAAGGCCAGGCGUACUGCACGGACAGCGAGUGCCUGGACCAAUUGCCGGGGAUGCCCCGCCCAGAGUCGGCCGGCAACAGCUUCCUGAUGAUGUUCAUCAUGAUGGCGCUCGCCGUCGCCGUAUACAUGAUGCGCCCGCGUCGCAACCAGAUCCACGACGCAGCCAAGCCCGCUCCCAACUCCAAUGAUCGCGACGGGGCCCCGCCAACUCCACCAAGAGUU